AUGUUGCCUGCUCUUCGAUCUCGUACGAGCGUGACACGUGUUAUUAAUCAAUUGUUGGCUGCUCGUCGUCAACAAGACGCAUUUCGUGUCCCUGCAAAAAAUUCAUCGGCCGUAACAGUACUUACCGAUGAAGAACGUGCACACCAACUUAAAAUAUGGCCUGGUGUUCCAGAACAUGUUCGACCAGCACAUAUAGAUUAUUGUCCAAUUGAUCCAAUUGAAUACGAUAAAAUAACGAGCCGUUUUGGACCACAAGUUAAUAUGUGGAAAUGGGUAUCAUUAUUAAUCGCUAUACCAGCAGUAGCAUUACUAACAUAUAUGAAUCUUAUUCUACCGCAAGAUCAUAUCCGUCCAGAAUUUAAAGAUUGGGAUCAUUUACGACCACGUAUGAAAUGGCCCUUCAAAGAUGGAAAACAUUCACCAUUUCAUAACAAAUGGUUUACUGCCAUUCAUUAUGAUGGUAUAGGUUAUGAAACAACCGAUGCCGAGUUUGCUCAUGAAUUUCACCAUGGUCACGGAGACAAGCACUAG